UGGAAAUUCAUCGUGACUGUGAUUUUCUACCGGCUCCAGCCACCUCCUUGCUUUUGCUCGCUCCCAUGCCGCUUCGACCAUUUCCGGAACAGCUCAACCCUCGCACCCAUUGAUCGUUUGGAAAACAAAAAGAAAAAGCGAGCGAAGCGAUCACGCCGUUUUUUAGAAAAGAAAAGAGAGAAUAAAAAGAGAAACCAUCAUGAUGCAGCGAUUAGCCCGUGUCUGGAACACUCGACCUUUUCCGUUGCAUUCGCGACGCAGGUUACGUUGUUAUACGACGGUGACCGAGACGCCAAUCCCAGCAAAACCAUCGCACCCAAUGCUGACAGCUUUUCGAAAAGAUAUACAGCACAGCAAGGCCGACGUAUGGCAACGGUAUCAGCAACUGCAAUCGCAACGGGAAGAUGUGCGUCGCUUAUUCGACCACGACGAUUUCAUUGCAUUACGUUCGCAGUUGUGGAAGAAAAAGACAUGGGGAGUGGAAGAUCGAGUACUUCAGGUCCUGGAAGAUAUGAAAGAGCUCGGUCACCCCUGGACGAUUUUGGAGUACAAUGAAUUCUUCUUGGUGAAAUUGUACCAGGCACGUUACAACGAUAUUCUGGAAAUGUACCAUGGCCAGUUUCGCCAAGACAACAUGAAACUCAGUAUAGGCUCUUUCAACGCCAUUCUCGCCACGUUUAUCGAACUCGACAACAUAGAGGAAGCGGUCAAACUCAUCAAAGAUGCUCCCACCUGGGACAUUAUACCCGAUAUACGAGAUUUCGAACGCACCGUCCAUCGAUCCAUGCCACGCAACAAGACCAUCGUCGCCAAAGCCAAUCGUUUAAUCAUUGACCAUGGAUGUUGUCAUAGCAACGUUUUAAAUUCCAAUCUGGUGCAUUUGUUUCGUGAAAAGCGCACAGCCGAUGCUCUUCGCGUGUAUGGACAGCGAAAAAAAGCCGCGCCCUUGGACAUAUCCACGUAUGGUGUCAUGCUGAGAGGAUUGAUCGAUCAUCGGCAGUUGCGCGAUGCACAAGAUAUUUUCAGUGAUUUAAAGAAAGCGGGAUUGCAACCGAAUCCUUUCAUUUGCACGAGCAUGUUGACGAUUUACGCUCAUCAGCGCGAUAUUCCUUCGGCGGAGCAAUUGAUCAAAGACACCGUGUUGGCCGGUCACAAACUUGACGUGCAAAUGUUCAACCAACUGAUCAAAGUGUAUUUCAAGGCACGCAAAGGAGCGAAAGCACUUCAAGCCUUCGGUGAAAUUCAACGGCAUCCCGACUUGCAAGUGAACGAUGUGAUUGUCAACACCAUGAUCAACGGACUGGUGAUCAAUCACGAAAUGAAGGCGGCCAACAUCUUGUAUCAACAAAUGCUUCAGUCGAACAUGCGGCCGGAUAUCGUUACCUUUAACACCUUGUUCAAAGGAUUUAUCAACAGCCACGAUUACGUUUCAGCAGGCAAAGUGAUUGCGGAUAUGGCUCGAUAUCAAUGCGAACCCGAUGUCGUCACGUUAACAACCAUGGUGGAUGUGGUGUGCAAGACCCAGGAACCCCCCAAUACCGAAUCCCUCAUCAAAUUAUUGCAGAGUACGGGCAUGUCGCCCAAUGCAUACACAUUCAACGGUAUCAUCAACCACUGGGUGCGACAACAGCGGAUGGAUGAAGCCGAGCACGCACUGAGCCUCAUGAAAUCAGCGCCAUACCAACUGCAGCCGACCAUUCACACCUACACCAAUCUUAUUCAGGGAUAUGUGAAUACGAUGAAUCUAUCGAAAGCGAUGGAGACGUUUCAAUCGUUGUUACGAAGCGGAACGAAGCCGGAUCGGGCGACAUUUAAUUUUAUGAUUACGGCGUUUGUGGAUCAUGAUCGAUUAGAAGAUGCGGUGACGUGCUUACUUCGUAUGUGUCAGAUGAAGUUGAAUCCUACCAAAGACACAUGGCGGAUCCUUCUAGAAGAGUGCUCACGUCGGGAAAACUGGGAAAUGGGUAAAACGGUGGUGCAAGCCUUGGAAACCAAUGGAUUUGAAAUCCACAGCAAAGGAUCGUUGGAACGCGCUUAUAUGACCGUUAAAAAUCGCUGUAAAUAGGAAAACCGUCAUUGCUAUUAAAAAAGCUCAUAGAAGAACAUGUUAGUUGAUAGAUUUCUCUCCAAAAGAGCUAUUAUUGAUAAUUUAUUAAACCAUCAUCACAUCAUCACAUCAUCCAUCCCUAUCUCUAUUUCAGUUUAGUCCUGGUCACUGAAAUGGUGUUUCAACCACGAUGAUAUAACCCACAAGCGACCGGCCAUAAAAGAAAAAGUUUAAAAGGAACUACAAAAAGGGUCCAAUGUGGGAGUAUCAUGGUAAUGUUGUCAGCGAAUGGUAAUGCAAUACAGUGAUACUUUUUUCAUAAAGUGAGUGGGUAUAAUGGAUUGUAUACAAUUCAUUCGGGUGCCCAAAAGGGAAAAUAAUCCUCAUUUUUCAUAUGACCAGCUGGUGCAGGUGACUAGCCGUGAUUUUAACUUUAUUGGUUUUUUGUAAGUGAGCGUGAAAUGAGUCGAGUACCU